AUGGGAACAGUUGUUAUUUCUGAACAAGUUCUUACAUCUCUUAGACCUUCAAAAGGGUUUAAAAAUCAUCAAGAAGGAACGGCUAUAACAUGUUUAGAUUUUGACGAUACUGGCGAAUGGUUGAUCACAUCAGGUGAAGAUGAAUCAUUGCAACUAUAUGAUUGUGUUCUGGGCAAGCAUAAAAAAACUUUAUAUAGCAAAAAAUAUGGAGUAGAUCUUGCACGAUUUACACACCGUUCUACAAAUGUAAUUUAUUCUUCUACUAAAGAUGAUGACACAUUAAGAUAUUUAUCAUUACAUGAUAAUGUAUAUAUUCGAUAUUUUCGUGGACAUAAGAAAAGAGUUGUUUCUUUAGAUAUGUCGCCUCUUGAUGACCAUUUUAUAUCAUCUGGUCUUGAUAAUUCUGUAAGAUUAUGGGAUUUACGUUCUUCUACAUGUCAUGGGUUACUCAAUAUUUCUUCUCCUUGCCUCACGGUAUUUGAUCCUACUGGAAUCAUAUUUGCUGUAGCAUCAAAUUCACUAUCUUCUAUUUUACUUUAUGAUUUACGUAAUUAUGAUAAAGAACCAUUUUCAACAUUUACUCUUAAUGAUGAUGGAUUUCUUUCAAAAAUUUCAUAUCCCCCUAGAAUGCCUGACUGGAUCAAAAUGGAAUUUUCAAAUGAUGGAAAAUUAAUAUUAAUUGGUACACGCGGUGAAUGCCAUUAUCUUUUAGAUGCAUUUACAGGAGAAUUACAAUCUCGUUUAACGGGACAAAUACCUGUUAAUGGUGAUCCUAAAUCUAUAACAUCAGGUGAUGUAUGCUUUACACCAGAUGCACGUUAUGUUAUUGGUGCUUCUGGAGAUAAGAAUUUAGUUAUAUGGGAUACUAAACAAACUAAUAGAAGCAAAUCAUUAACUCCUAUUGAAAUUUUAAAUUCUGGUAAUAUUGGUCCAGCUAAAGUUGUAACAUUUAAUCCAAGGAAAAUGAUGUUAGCUACAGCAAAUAAUACUUUGUCAUUUUGGCUUUCUGAAAAUUAUUAA